GCGUGGUCUCGGCGAGCGGCGGGAAUGGCGGGCGAGCUGAGCGCUGAGGCGGCGCGGGAGAUCCGCCAGCUGCAGAAAUCCAAGGAGAAGUCGCGGCGGGUCGGGAACGCCGCCGAGGAAGCGGCCGCCUGCAACCGCCUGGGAGAGAUCCUGGCUGCCCAUGGGCGCUUCCAGGAGGCGCUGGAGCAGCACCGCGAGGAGCUGCGGCUGCUCGAGGGCGCCGGCGACCGGCUGGGCUGCGCCGUGGCGCACCGCAAGGUGGGCGAGCGCCUGGCCGAGCUGCAGCGCUUCCCCCAGGCCCUGCAGCACCAGCUGCAGCACCUGGCCCUGUCGCGCUCCCUCCAUGACCCGGUGGAGCAGCAGGCGCGCCUGGGCCACCCUGGGCCGCACCUUCCUCCUCAUGGCCGAGGAGCCCGCAAUUCCCGACGUUCCCGAGCUGCCGCACUUCCCGGAAUUCCCAAAGAACCCCCGGGGGCCCCUGCAGGACGAGGAGAGCGAGGAGAAUUCGGGAAUUCCCGGGAAUUUGGGAAUGCCGGGGGCUGCGGCCGCGCUGCGCCGGGCGCUGGAGGCGUUCCAGAACAGCCUGCACAUCCUGGAGACGCAGCUGGAAGGCGUGGUGCCCCCGCGGGAGCUGGCCCAGAUGCGGAGCCGCCUCUUCCUGAACCUGGGGCUGGUGCAGGAAUCGCUGGGGAACGGCCGGAGCUGCUCCCGCCUGCUGAGCCACAGCGUGCAGCUGGCUGAGUGAGCAGUUUGGGGGAAUUCCGGGAAUUCCGGGAAUUCCGGAAUGCUGGCAGCGAAAUUUGGGAAUUUUCCAGUGAAAUUUGGGGGUUUAGGGGGAAAAUUUGGGGUUUUGGGGGUUUUUUUGGUUGUUUUAGAGAGGAAUUUGGGGAUUUUGGAGAGGAGCUUUGGAGGUUUUAGAGAGGAAUUUGGGAAUUCUGGGAUUGGAUUUUGGGGAUUUUGGGAAUGCUGAGAACGACAUUUGGGAAUUUUGGAGUGAAAUUUGGGUGUUCUGGGGGGGAUUUUUGGGGGUUUGGGGUGAAAAUGUGGCUGUUUUGGGCGGUUUUUUGGUUGUUUCAGAGAAGAGUUUGGGGAUUUUGGAGAGGGUUUUUGGAGGUUUUAGAGAGGGAUUUUGGGAAGAAAUUUUGGGAAUUUUGGGAUUGGAUUUUG